AUGUUGGAUAUAAAGCCACGUAUUUAUUACAUUAUUUCAAGGGAAUGGGGCCCACAUACUGGUCCAGAUAAGGUUAAAAUAGUGGAGGUUGGUCCUCGAGAUGGACUACAGAAUGAAAAGCAAAUCAUACCAGAAGAUAUAAAAAUAAAUUUCAUCAAUCAAUUAUCUAAAACUGGUCUUAAAGCAAUAGAGGCUACCUCUUUUGUAUCAAAAAAAUGGGUACCACAGAUGGGUGAUGCAUAUGAAAUAAUGACAAAAAUUAAACGUGAACCUGGUGUAGAAUAUGUUGCUUUAACACCUAAUCUUUAUGGAUUUAAAAAUGCAAUUGCUGCUGGCGUUAACAAUGUUGCAGUAUUUAGUGCUGCAUCAGAAACUUUUUCUAAAAAAAAUAUUAAUUGCUCAAUUAAAGAAAGUCUAGAAAGAUGUCCUUAUGAAGGUGAAGUGUUACCUUUGACUGUAGCAAAGAUUGCUGAAAAAUUUUAUAAAAUGGGGUGUUACGAAAUAUCAUUAGCAGAUACAAUAGGUGUUGGAACUCCUGGUUCAAUGUUAAAACUGUUGGAAAUUGUAAAACAUCAUGUACCAAUUGGAAAAAUUGCAGUACAUUGUCAUGAUACUUAUGGUCAAGCCCUUGCUAAUAUAUGUUGUGCUAUAGAGAAUGGUGUAAGGAUCAUUGAUAGUUCUGCUGCAGGAUUAGGUGGUUGUCCUUUUGCUAAAGGAGCAACAGGUAAUGUUGCUACUGAAGAUGUAGUGUACAUGCUUGGAGGAAUGGGAUAUAUAACUGGUGUUGAUUUAAACAAAUUAGUUGAUGUUGGUAAUUACAUUUCUGAAUACUUGAAUAGACCAAAUGGAUCUAAAGCUGCUGUUGCAAUAACUAACAAAUUGAAAAAAUAA